UGUCUCCAACAAGAGCUGAAAGCUGAAUGUAGGACAGAGCCGCAUCUUAAAAUAGCCGACCUCUCUUCCUCUCUCUUCACUUCAGUUCAGUCAAGCAUGACUGAUGUAGUUUUAAAGAAAGAGGCUCCAGGUCUGUAGAGACAGAGAGAAAGAGGCCAUGCAUCGAGAACGAGAAAGACAGAAGUGAAGAAUGAACGACGACUGGUUCACACCCCAGUGAAUUGUGGGUUUCUGUCAGCGUUGCAUCAUUGCUGAAGUACACAGUGCCAACAACACACACAAUAUCAGCCUGCAAACACUGUCUGUCCUGUUUGAUUUGCGUCUAUUGUAUUUGUGUUUAGGUGUGUGUGAUUCUUUUUGUACACUCUACUCAGACUUUCAGCUACAAAGAGCUCUUUGUGUGGCCGGCCUCUGAGCUGAGCUGAGCUGUGAUUGGCUGAGAGUUCCGAGCUUACACGUGAUUGGUCAGGCAGCUUUUACAAGACUCAAAUGGGGUUUGCUGCUGAAUUAAAACCAGUAUGAGGUGCAAAUACACACACAGCUGCACACACUGGCUUUAACAUCUCCAGAAUGUCCGUCGCUGUGCGUAUAAACCAGCUAACCGUUAUACUUCUGUCUGUGCAUCUCAUUCCAACCAAUCCGGUGGCAGAGCAAAAGUUACUUGGUAAAAGCAGAAAGCGUGUGAAUCCGGUCCUCCAUACGGAUGCUCCCGCUCCAGACCCCAUCCGAGACACUCACCGGUACUGCAAUUACCCCAACCUCACCGAGCACGGCUGGGAGGGUCACAGUCCGGCUGACUACAGGCUGCUGUCGGUACACGUGAUGAUCCGGCAUGGAGACCGUUUCCCUCUGUACUCCAUCCCCAAAACCAAGAAGCCCGCCAUAGACUGCGUCCUAUCAGACAAGAGAAAGCCCUCUCACCCCCUCUUGGCCUCCUUCAUUAGUCACAUGGCUCUCGGUGGGCGUGGUCACUGGGAGGCAUCACUGGGAUCUCUGCCCCGAUUACCCAAUCACAGCACCUGUGAAAUGGGAGAACUUACACAGACAGGAGUUGUGCAGCACUUGAAAAACGGCGAUCAUCUUCGCCAGGCCUACAUCAAGCGUCACAGUCUGCUCACUGCUGAUUGGUCGCCGCGGCAGUUGUGGGUGGAGACUACAGGUAAAAGCCGCACCCUACAGAGUGGAUUGGCCUUCCUCUUCGGCUUCCUGCCACGUUUUGAUUGGUCACGACUGACGGUAAGACAGCAGUGGAGUACGCUGUUCUGCGGUUCCUUGUGCGACUGUCCCGCGCGCAACCGGUACCUGGACCAGGAGCAGCGCAGGCAGUAUCGGCAGAGGACUGCAGACACAGAACUGGAGCGCACAUACAUCACAAUGGCGAAGACGUUGGGCGUGGCCACAAAAAUUCUGAGGGCAGCCAAUCCGGUGGAUGCAUUGUUGUGUCACUUUUGUCAUGGUCUUGCUUUCCCAUGCUCUAGCUCACGGACUACAUCAAAGGCUCCGGAUGAGGGGGCGUGUCUUACACUACAGCACUUUGCUGUGAUUCGACGGCAGCAGAAAGAUGACGAACUGGAGCGGCGGGAGGCGGGGCUUUACCGCCGAUAUGCUGUCCUCGCGGCGCAUCCGUACCUCAACCGCACCGCAACGCAGAUGGAGAGGAUCGCCAGAGGAAGCCAAGCGCGCAAAGGAACGGAAGAGGUGGUCUUCGCUUUAGCAUCUGCUCAUGACGUAACAAUGGCGCCUUUGCUAAGCGCGCUUGGUCUGGAAGGGGCGGGGUUUCCAAAGUUUGCAGCGCGGCUGGUGUUUGAGCUGUGGAACGGACCAGAAGCAAAAGACAAUGAGAGAAAGAGUGAUAGAAAACGAGGAAGAUGGUUGAAGAAUAUGUUCAUUCGUGUUCUCUAUAACGGAGAGGACUUGACCUUUGACACUGCCUUCUGCCGUGACCACAAUCGACACUCUGCUCAGCCGCUGUGCCCUCUGGGUAACUUCCUGUCGUUUGUGAGAAAUGAUAUGUUUAAUAUUGUAAACGCGACGAGCUACCAGCAGGCCUGCCACCAAACUGUACUCUAAUAUGUGAACGUGAAUGAGCGAACGGCAAGGAAAGAUGAGGAACGGGUAUGGUUUACCCAAAUAUUCUGUGCAAUUCUGUCAUCCUUCAAGUCGUUCCAAAACCAUAUGACUUUUAGUGGAAUGCAAAUGACACUUUUGAUGAAUAUUUAAUGAAUGCAAGACUUUCGAGCUCAAAAAGCAAAUAAGUUCCCUAAAAGUCCAUGUGACUUCUGCACUAUAUUCCAAUGAGUUUGCAGGUGCUUGUUAAUGAAUGCAUUCAUUGUGAAGAUCAAGAGCAGCAGAUUUCUUCUUUUGUGUCCUGCUGAAGAACUGGAUUGGAAUAACAUGAAGGUAAAAAAAAUUCAACAGAAAUGUUCAUUUUUGGGUGAACUGUUCCUUUAAGACGGAGUACUACUACUAAUGUUCUUGAUGUAGUGUUAUGUUUGUGGACCAAAUAACUGUCCCUGCACAUUGUUUUUGGUACAUUUAACUAAUCACACUGACUAAAUUUGAAGUGGUUUAAAGUAAGCAUUUUAAGCUGUAGGCUGUGACUGAAUAUGAACGUCUGAUUGACGACGUGACGUGAUGAGCUCCUGAAUCCAGACAAACACACAACAGUCAGUUGUUGAAACACCUCUUGCCUUCAUUUUGAGUCACUGAUCUAGGAAUGCUGCGCAGUCAUUAUGACAAUCCCAGUGGUUUUGCUAAAUAUAUAUAUAUAUAAAAAAUGUCAUUUUUAGACCACAUUUCUGAAACACUUGUAUUAGAUUUAGGGCACUUGGCCACUUUAUUGCAGAGUUCCUGCAUUGAUCGAGAAUCUGAUGUUAUUUCAGUUUUACAUCUCUGGAUUUCCCCGUUCUCACUUGAAUAGUAUUAGCAGAAUUACUUGUUUUUAACACAAUCAUGUUGUCCUGAGACAUUCCUCACACAGUUCUUACCCUUUGUUUACACAUACUGUAAAUGUAAAACAAAGCAGUGGUAGUAACUUUGAAUACUGUAAAACUGAUUCAGUCAACUUCUGUAUCAUGAAUGGUGUUCUUAUGAUCAGUCUGUACUGCCACUUUCCAAACCUCAAAGUACAUUUUUCAAUUAAAGAAUCAUUUUGUCUAAAAACUUA